AUGGACUUUUCGCUAUCGACUAUUGGAUGCUCACUUCCAGCUUGCCUCACCAUGGCGGGAAAGCGCAAGUUGGCUCUACACACUGGUAGUACUACUGGUAGUACUGCUGGUAUUAAUACUGGUAUUAAUGACACUACUACUCCCUCCAAGCCUCAAGAGUCUCUCACUUCCAGCAGCCAUGGAAGCUUUGAACGCCAGGACAGUGAUGAUUCCAUCCUGACGGCUUCCAAUGCUUCUGAAUGGAACGACGAUGAUAGUGACGAUGAGGAGGAUAAUAACAAGAUUGUCUUGAAGAAUCAUCGAGGCUCAUCUUCGUCAUCUUCUUCAUUAUCAUCCUCAUCAUCCUCGUCGUCGUCCUUCUUUGUUUACCUGGAGCAUGCUGCUUCGGUACUCAACCUCAAGGGAAAGCAACUGGAGGAAGAAAAAGGAGAUGAUGAUGAUGAUAAUGAUGAUAAUGAUACGGCCACUACCAUGUCUUUCUCGUCAUCAUCCUCUUCUUCCGAAAGCAAUCUCGGAGUCUCCUUUGUGGAACCCUUGGUGACGGAGGUUCACUACCGCCCCUAUACCUCCAAGCGAGACAGGUAUUUCUUGCACUACAAUGAACACGACUAUGUCGACUUCAAAAUGGAAUGCUUGACUGGGAAGGGACGCAACCGCAAGGUUUCUUUCCAAUGCGAGGAUGUUACCGUACAUGAGCUUCCAGCUCCUGAACCCUCCAUUCGACAAGAUUUGUUUUACUCGGAACGCGAAUUGCAAGGUUUCCUUGAUGAAUUCGUUAAAUCCUUGAACCCUCAAUUGUAA